AUGCCUGGGAAAUACAGUUUGCCAACGCAGCUCCGUGGUCUUUCUUCAACAUGCACCUUUAGAGCUUCAAUAGCUCUCACGCCCAGGCGGUUCUCCACAUCAUGCCACCUGAAUCAGACAUCGCCCUCUACAUCCAAAGCAGAAGAUAAAGAUGGCAAAGAUGGCUCAAAGGAGGAGAACAAAGAUAGUCCAAUGGGACGCCGUCUGGCUCAGAUGACCGAAGAUGCGCUGCUAGAAGGCGGACGAUCUGCGCAUCGCAACUUUGAGCAGGCAGGUUUCUCCGAAGAGUUGAAAAAUGAGCUCGCAGAGCGUAUUGCUGCUUCUUCGUUCAGGAGUCAGCAUGCUGCUGCUCAUUCCAUAGUCGAAAUGCCCUCUGCCGCAGGACAGGGUACACGAGAGCAAGCCGCCGCUCCGGCAUGGACAGGAGUAGAGCGCGUUGAGGACACGACUCUGCGCAUGCUAGAUGAUGCGAGCAAACCAAUCCGAAUGCCCUACAAAAUUCCCAAUCCAGUGAACCUCAAACCUGCCCCGAAGCCUAAAAGGUCUCGCGGGGAACGGCUUGCUGAAGCGAAAGAACGUACUUCUAUCUAUACACAGAGCCAGGCUCCGGGAUUUUCUGAAGAAGAGCGCGAGGAUAUGCGCCGUCAGAUGAGGGAGGACUUGACACCCGGGGCUCAUUCUAUGCCGAUCUCGAUUACGGGUCUUUCGUCGCUGGCAGAUGAGCGAAUCGCAGAUGCGAUUGCGCGUGGACAAUUUAAAAAGAUCCGCCGUGGGAAGGGCGUAAAUACAAAGCCGGAUCCCAAUGCGAGUAGCGCAUUCAUCGACACAACUGAAUAUUUCAUGAAUAAGAUUAUCCAACAGCAGGAAAUUGUGCCACCGUGGAUCGAGAAACAACAGCAGCUUGGGUUGGAACUAAAUCGAUUUCGCGAACGUCUUCGAGCGGACUGGAGACGACAUGCUGCGAUAUUGAUUGCGAGCAAAGGUGGUUCCUUGGAUGUACAAAUGAAGCGGGCAAGAGCCUAUGCUGCAGCCGAGGCUCGGUUGGUAGACAAAGCAAAGCUGGAGGCUUCGUUUGAAGAAGAUAUAUCCAUCUCGGAGAUCAACACUGAUGGCCGAAUAGUCUCCAAGUCCGAGACAUCCCAAGGAUUACCUACGAUCAAGAAUGACAGCGAUGAAAAUCUGGAAGAUCUGGCCCAUCUCCCACCAUUGCGAGACCCCGAAUACCUCGCGAUUGAGCGUUCUUAUCACGAACUCGCCGUGAAACAAAUUAACACUCUCGCACGCACAUACAACCUCCAAGCUCCAGCCUCUGCCCACAAACCAUACAUUAAUCUUGAUCGAGAGCUCAAGGCAUGCUAUGCCGCAGUAGCACCUGAACUAGCAGAGGAAAUCAAGCGUCGAGCGACAGAGCGUGCGCGUCCGUCAUCAAUCGUCCCGCCGGCUUCUUCCAGCAAAUUUGGGUCACUGGGCAUGGGCCAGACUGUACACAUUCACGAAGAAGAUCAGGCGAAGGGAUACGGUAUGAAAGAGCUGUGGCGCGAUUUAUUCACUAAAUCUUGA